CUUGUUUUUAUUUCAUGUUUGUGAGACGAAGAAAACGAAUUUUAUUUGAAUUUUGUUGUUCUGCUUUGUGGAGAGGCGAUGGCUAUGGGUAUGGCGGUAGACACGGUGGGGGAGUUAGCAUUUCCGGUAUGGAAUCCAAUCCGGCGAAGAUUUCCUCCGGAUUCGCCCUUCUUUGCAUCUGGAAACGUCGAGCGUGAACUACUAGCUAAACAGGUGGCAUUGGACUUAACAGAAGAUGAAAUCAACCAUCUUCAGAUAAUUGUGGAAACUGAAAGCAGCAGAAGAAUCUCGUGUCCCAUUGCUGGCUGCCCUGAGCGCCUGAAAUCUUUGGACCAUUUUGAAGAUCACUAUAAUGCACGACACACGGCGUCUUGUUCAGUAUGCUCAAGGGUCUACCCUACUUCUCGCUUGCUAAGUAUCCACAUAUCCGAAGCACACGACUCUUUUUUUCAAGCUAAAGUUGCUCGGGGUUAUGACAUGUACGAGUGCCUUGUGGAAGGGUGUGGAUUGAAGUUCAAGACCUACAAAGCCCGGCAUCGACACUUAGUUGACAAACACAAGUUCCCAACAACAUUCGAGUUCUUCAAGAGGACCCAACUCUCAAAGAAGCGAAGAGAGAAACUUCAGAGGCAACAUGUAUCAAAGCUGAAACACAAAGAAGACAAAGAAGAAGCUUCUUCAGAUGCUAAGGAAGUAGAAGACAAAGCCAGCGUUGACGGUCUUGUCUCAGCACUGUCCACGCUAACCACCGCAGACACAACUCCUUCAAAUGUCAGCUUCGGUCGACGCCAUGGUCGUGGGCUGACCUUUGUUCCACGGUCUGUUCAUAGGGAGAAACGGACCGAAUAUUCUUCUGCACCAGGGCCUACGAAUUAGUCAUGGUCUUAUAGUUCCUAGUCUGCGUGCCACCAGGGCCAAUGAAUUAGUCAUGAUCUUAUAGUUCCUACUCCCUAGUCUGCGGUAAGAUGUUGAAGAAAAAUUUAUCACAUUGUUUUGACGAAUCACUCGAGUAACACACGAUCUAAAGGCUAAACCGGUCCUUUUAAGUAAUUUAUAUAGAGCAGGACUCUUUUAUUUGGUGCCGAA